GCCGCGGGGCAAGAUGGCGGCCCCCAGCAGCUCGUGGGGGCGGCCCGAGAGGUCUCCCUGGGAGUAGCCGCUUCUUCCGAGCCCGGCGCUGCAGCGCUGCUCGGACGCGCAGCCAUGGACGUGCCUGUGGAAACAUGCGGCAGCCUCUAUGGUCAUCUGGCAUUCCUGUGGCUGAACCGAUUUUACCUCUACUCGUGUGCCGCUUUGGGGUUCGGCCUCUGGAUCUGCAUCCAGCUCCGUAGUAAAGCCCGGAGGCAGGAUGGCGCUCUCCUGGGGGAGUGUGGCUCUCCAAAAGGCCCUGCUGAGGAGAUCCGGGAGGCAGCCCGCCACACUGACGGAGCCCCCGUAACUGGGGUGAAGGUUUUCUUUGGCUCUCAGACCGGAACGGCAAAGAGGUUUGCACUGAAUCUGGCCGAAGCCGUCACUGCCAUGAAUUUGCCGGCAGAGGUCAUCGACAUGGGAGGCUACGAUCCGGAGGACUGCUUGGUGGAUGAGGCGCGCAGCAAGAGCGUGUGCGUGUUCCUCGUUGCCACGUACACGGAGGGGAAGCCGACGGAGAACGCAGCCUGGUUCUGCAAGUGGCUGGAAGAGGCGGCCUGCGACUUCCGAGUCGGCCAGACGUACCUGAAGGGCUUGAGAUACGCUGCCUUCGGGCUGGGGAAUUCCUCCUAUGCCGAUCACUACAACACCGCUCCUCUCCCGCUGCAGGUGGGCCGGAACGUGGACAAGUGGCUGUGGCAGCUGGGGGCCCGGCGCGUCCUGUCCUGCGGCCAGGGCGAUGCCAACGUGGCAGCGAGCAGGCACGGGAGUCUCGAGGCCGACUUCGAGGCCUGGAAGCACAGGCUGCUCACCCGGCUGCGGGCCCUCUGCAAAGCGGGGAAGGCGGCCUGCGGCGGGGGCUGCAAGAAAGGCAGGUGCGCGCCCAAAGACGAGAAGCGCCGAAGGACGGCAGAGCGAGAGCUGGGGACGCAGGAGCAGGAGGAGGAGCCGUGCGAAACCACAAGCGAGGAGGACUCUGGCGAUGAGGCGGGACGGCGCGCCAGGCAGGUGGUGGACGUGGAGGACCUGGGCCACAUGGUGGGCCACAUGAGGAGAGCCCAGAGGGAGCGUGAGCUCGACAGAGAGGCUGCCGGGGUGGCUGGAUCCCAGCAGAGUGCAGGGGAGGGCGAGAAGAGAGAGAUGCUCACACCUGCUCUCCGGGAGGCACUCACAAAGCAAGGCUACAGGUUGAUUGGGAGCCAUUCCGGAGUGAAGCUUUGUCGUUGGACAAAGUCAAUGCUUCGUGGGAGAGGCGGCUGUUACAAACACACCUUCUAUGGCAUCCAGAGCCAUCGCUGCAUGGAGACGACCCCCAGCCUGGCUUGCGCCAACAAGUGUGUCUUCUGCUGGAGGCAUCACACGAACCCUGUGGGCACUGAGUGGCGGUGGAAGAUGGACCAGCCUGAAAUGAUCCUGCAGGAGGCCCUGGAGAACCAUCAGAACCUGAUCAGGCAGUUUAGAGGGGUCCCGGGCGUGCGAACCGACCGCUUGGCGGAAGGCCUGGAGGCCAGUCAUUGCGCGCUCUCGCUGGUCGGGGAGCCGAUCAUGUACCCCCAGAUCAACCAGUUCCUCCGGCUGCUGCACCAGCGCAAGAUUUCCAGCUUUCUAGUGACGAAUGCACAGUUCCCGGAGGAGAUCAGGAGCCUCGUGCCGGUGACGCAGCUGUACGUCAGCGUGGACGCCAGCACCCCGGACAGCCUGCGCAGGAUCGACCGGCCGCUCUUCAAGGACUUCUGGGCCAGGUUCCUGGGGAGCUUGCAAGCCCUGGCCGAAAAGCGCCAGCGCACUGUCUACCGGCUGACACUGGUGAAAGCCUGGAACGUGGACGAGCUGAGGGCGUACGCCGCACUGGUGUCUCUGGGCCGGCCGGACUUCAUCGAGGUCAAGGGUGUGACCUAUUGUGGAGAAAGUUCAGCCAGCAGCCUCACCAUGGCCAACGUCCCCUGGCACGAGGAGGUGUGCCGCUUCGUUCAGGAGCUGGCUGACCUUCUCCCCGAGUAUGAGAUAGCCUGCGAACACAAACACUCCAACUGCCUCCUGAUUGCCCACAAGAAGUUCAAGAUCGGUGGGAAGUGGCACACCUGGAUCGAUUACGAGCGUUUCCAAGACCUGGUCUACAGAUACGAACAGAGCGGGGGAGCCGAAACAUUCACCUCUGAGGACUACCUCGCCCCGACCCCUCCCUGGGCGGUUUUUGGGGCUCAGGAGAAGGGCUUUGACCCGACAGACACGAGAUUUCGACGGAAGAACAAGACGAAGGACAUCUCAGGAUGCUGAUCUCUUAAAAACAACCCAGAGCAGCCUUCUCUAACCUGGAGUUCUCCAGUUGUAAUGAACUGCAACUCCCAUAAUCCCCUGCCAAAGGCCCCCGGGUUGCUCUGCAGCGCUUGGGGAGGGGUUAGCUUUACCUCCGUCUCAGAGAGUUUUGCGCAAAAUGUGCCCACGAACUUUUGAUAAACACAUGACCAGCUGAAGCGA